AUGAUCACACGGGUAAAAUCCGCGGUGGCAAAUUUUAUGGGAGGCAUCAUGGCUGGUACUUCCAAUGGUGAUCACCUAUGUGGUCCAGACCUACCGCUUAAAUUCCCGUACAUGAGACCCGAGUUUCUUGGACUGUCUCAGGAUGAAAUUGAGUGCUCCGCAGAUCAUAUAGCUCGGCCAAUUCUUAUUCUUAAAGAGACGAAGCGAUUACCGUGGGCCACGGGCUAUGCAGAGGUGAUAAAUGCUGGGAAGAGUGCUCUUAAUGAGGACCAGGCCUGCUGUGAGGUUGUGGUGGUGAAGAAAAGGCCAGGAGGAUCCUCCACGCCCAGCAAAACCCCUACAGCUAAAAGGAGGUCAUCCCUGCCCAAUGGAGAAGGCCUAGGGCUCCGGGAGAACCCAGACUCAGAGGGGCUAUCAUUCCACUACUGGGCUCUGUUUGAUGGUCAUGCUGGCUCAGGUGCUGCUGUGGUCGCCUCCAGGCUGCUGCAGCAUCACAUUGUGGAGCAGCUUCAGGGCGUGCUGGAGGUCCUGCGUAACCCUGCCACUUUACCACCUACUGUCCUGGGAGAGGAGCCCAACCACCAAACCCCAGGCACGCACCGCGCCCUCACUCGGGCAGCUUCCCUAAGGGGAGCUGCUGGAGCUCCGGGCUCCCCCUGCACCCCUCCCCCACGUUUCUUCACCGAAAAAAAGAUCCAGCACGAGAGUCUGGUGAUCGGCGCAAUGGAAAAUGCAUUUAAAGAGAUGGAUGCUCAGAUCGAGAGAGAGAAGACUGUGUAUAGUAUCUCUGGAGGGUGUACUGCACUAGUGGUGGCUUUCAUCCUCGGCAAGCUCUACGUAGCAAAUGCUGGGGACAGCAGAGCCAUCAUAAUCAGAAAUGGGGAGAUAAUCCCCAUGUCUACAGAGUUUACUCCUGAGUCAGAGCGACAGAGGCUGCAGUUCCUGGGCUUUAUGCAGCCUCACUUAUUAGGAAAUGAGUUCACUCACUUGGAGUUCCCAAGGCGGGUUCAGAGGAAGGAGGUUGGCAAGAGGAUGCUCUACAGGGAUUUCUCUAUGACUGGCUGGGCAUAUAAAACCAUUGAAGAUGAUGACCUGAAGUUUCCCUUAAUCUAUGGAGAAGGAAAGAAGGCCCGAGUAAUGGCCACUAUAGGGGUAACUCGUGGCCUUGGAGACCACGACCUCAAAGUACAUGACUCAAACAUCUACAUAAAACCUUUUCUCUCCUGUGUCCCAGAGGUAAAAGUGUAUAAUCUGACCCAUUAUGAGCAUGGAGCGGAUGAUGUCCUGGUGAUGGGCACAGAUGGCCUUUGGGAUGUUCUCUCAAAUGAGGAAGUAGCAGAAUCAGUCAUCAGUUUCCUCGUCAACUGUGAUCCCGAUGACCUACACAGAUACACCAUGGCUGCUCAGGACCUGGUAAUGCGAGCGAGGGGUGUGCUCAGAGACCGGGGCUGGAGGAUAACCAACGACCGUCUGGGCUCUGGAGACGACAUCUCGGUCUAUAUCAUUCCCCUCAUGUACGGUAACCGCCAGCCUGAAUGCAGGGAGCCUCUAUGA